AUGUCCGCACCAAAAGACAGCAACACGAUUUCCUUCGAUGCCCUCCCGCUAGAUCCAAGCGGCCCGCGAGGCAACGCUUGGGGUCGAUUUGGGCCCAAGGAUGAGCUUGGUACACUGAACUUGCUCACGCCCGAGGUGAUUGUGGAAGCUGCCAAGGAGAUCCGUACUGGCGUGCGCAUUUCCCUCGACUGGCCACUGAGCAUGCCCUCGUUCCCGAGCUUCAAUCGUGAUCCGUUCAAGCAGGAAAUCGUUCUCCGAAACCCCAACUGUGUGUAUGACGAUAUCUUGACGUUUAAUAGCCAAGGGUCGACACAGUGGGAUGGGUUCAGGCAUUAUGCCAACCAGAAAUCACGACAAUUCUAUAAUGGCCAUACAACAGAGGAAAUCGAAAGCUCAGAUGUCAUCGGCAUGCAUGUGGUGGCUGAGAAUGGUGGCAUCACUGGUCGUGGUGUUCUGGUCGACUUUGCCGACUGGGCUGCUUCCAACUUGGUAUCUGUUUGUGCACUGCAGUCAGAAGCAAUUACUCUCGACCAAUUGAGACAAGUUAUCAGAGACCAUAAUCUCGAAUUUCGGAAAGGCGAUAUCUUGUUUAUCCGAAGCGGCUUCACGGCAGCGUACAAUAACCUCAGUGAUAUAGAGCGUGAAGCUCUCCCUCGGCGUUCAAACCCCGACUUUAUCGGCGUAGAAGCGACCGAAGGCAUGGUCCGCUGGCUGUGGGAGCAGCAGUUUGCAGCAGUCGCCAGUGAUGCUCCGAGCUUCGAACGAGCCCCAAUCCGCGGAAGUCAUGCCGAUCCGAACUUCAAUCUUCAUGAAUGGGUGCUAGCGGGAUGGGGAACUCCGAUUGGUGAGAUGUUUGACCUGGAGAAGCUAUCACAGCAUUGCAAGGCCACUGGCAGAUACAGCUUUUUCCUGUCGAGCAUGCCCCUCAAGGUUGUUGGUGGAGUGGCUAGCCCACCCAAUGCGUUUGCAGUUUUCUGA